UCUCUUCAACGUCUACCUUUAUACCUACCAAAUAACUAAUCUAUGGUUAUCACUUCGCUUCGCAACAAUUUGUAGUUAUCUUUUAUCGCACCGGCGUAUGUAUCAAAGUUCACGAGUGUCAUACUCGCCGGUGCCUUUGUCCUUAUCAUUAGUAUUGCAUAAAUCCUAGUACUUGGUGGUUCAUAUUUCUUAAAAUGGCUUCUGUCGCUACUGUAACUCGUGCUUUGCUGGGAAAGAAUGUACUGAACAAGUGCAAAGUGGUAUCCGCAACAAGCCAAGCAUCCAUAAAGUUUUAUAGCACAGCAUCAUACGAGAACAUCAAGGUUGAGGUGGUCGGCUCCAAGAAGAAUGUCGGACUCAUUCAGUUAAACCGCCCAAAGGCACUGAAUGCUCUAUGCAAACCAUUGUUUGUCGAACUCGGGAAGGCAGUCAAUGAUUUUGACGCCGACAGCAACAUUGCUGCCAUCAUCAUCACUGGUAACGAGAAGGCGUUUGCGGCUGGUGCUGAUAUUAAGGAGAUGCAAAACAAUACAUACAGCAGCAACACAAAACAGGGUUUCCUUCGUGAAUGGGAGGACAUCUCCAACUGUGGGAAGCCCAUCAUUGCCGCUGUUAAUGGUUUCGCUCUUGGAGGUGGUUGUGAGCUGGCAAUGCUGUGCGAUAUCAUCUAUGCCGGCGAAAAGGCGAAAUUCGGUCAGCCCGAGAUCAACAUUGGCACCAUCCCCGGAGCCGGAGGCACCCAGCGUCUUCCCAGAUACGUUGGCAAGUCGAAAGCAAUGGAGAUCGUGUUGACAGGAAACUUCUUUGAUGCUCAUGAAGCCGAGAAAAUGGGUCUUGUCAGUAAAGUAUUCCCAGUGGAAAAACUUUUAGAAGAAACCAUCAAGCUGGCUGAAAGGAUCGGAACCCACUCCCCGUUAAUUGUGAAGUUGGCCAAACAAGCUGUGAACCAAGCUUACGAGACCACCCUCAAAUCGGGCUUGCAGUUUGAGAAGUCCACCUUCUAUGGAACCUUUGCUACGGUUAGUCUCAUAUUUGCCUUUUACACGCCCAAAUCAUUAAAUGAAAGUAGUUCAUACAUAACAUUUGUAACCAUAUUUUACAGUUCUGAACUAAAAGUUCUGGGUCUUCAUGUUUACCUUCAGAAUAGCUGCUAUUUAUUACAACAUAAUCCAAUAUUUGGAUAAAAAUGAAAACAGACUACCUACAACAAAAUAAAAUAAGAAUCUUACCGAAUCUAAUCUAAUCGAUAUAUCCGAAGUAAAUUAAAUAUCCAUUAUUUGUGAUAACUCGUAAACCGUUAGUCAGAUUUUGAUAAAAUUUAAUCACGAGGACCUCAUAAGAAGUACCAUCAUCAUCAUCAUUAUCCUGCCCUUCUCCCAGUCACCUGGGGUCGGCGCAACAUGUUUUCUCCUUCCAUACUCUUCUAUCAUAUACCAUUUCUUCGCUCACUCUCCUCCUACCCAUAUCGUCUUUCUCAUAAGAAGUACCAGCUUGCAAAUUAAAAGUCAUCCGAAUCGUUUCACUUACAAAAAUGUACAGUACAAAUUCUAUAUUCGCGGGGUAUAUGUUUUUUUCUACCUAUUCUAGUAACCUCAAGAGGUUAUUCUAGAUUCGCCCUGAUGAUGUUGCUAACACGAACCCUAGCAACAGCUGUGUUUCGCAGAAUCUACCACCUGAUCGGAAACGCGACCCACUGAGACGAUCCGGCGAGAAACUCAGUGGGCUGUGUCUGUGGGUUAAUUCACUCGUAGAGCCCUUCGUCGCAAGCGAUGGAUUCGACGAGAACGAUGAUCGGUGGUUGGGGUACCUAAAACCAGCGUUAAUGGAUCGGGAGGAUCCGUAAUGACAUGUUUGGGGCGACGUCGACUGCUUUCCAUUCGGUCCGCAGGAUCGGGAAUGCAGUUCCCGGCGGCCACGAUGAGAGGGUUCUCGUGUCGUGCUGCUGUCUCGAAAAGGCGUAUAUGUUCAGUAAAUAUACCGCGAAUACAGAAACCGUGAAUAUGUAAUUGUAAUUUACAUAAUAUAUGGGAUUAGUGGGGAUACGUUCUUAGGAGACAAAAUAAAAACAUACUUUAGGCAUAGUUGUAAUAAGGACUAUUUUACUUUUUUAUUAGUUCAUUUGACAGCGCGCUUACAAAAGAUAUUCGGUCGGAUACCUACAUAGGUAUUCGAAUCCUUUUUAUCAAUGUGUAUGUACCGAUGUACCGAUUAGAUCGCGAAUAUAGGAAUUGAUUCGCAUACAUCAUAAUUAAAGGCGAAUUGAUAACCUAAUUCUUUUUUUGAAAUCAGUUAAAAUAAUGUAUAUAUGUUAUAUUCAUUUUAAAUUAAAUUAAUUUUCAGGAGGACCGCAAAGAAGGUAUGACAGCAUUUGUUGAAAAGAGACCACCGAAUUUCAAGAAUGAAUAAAUCUUUCCUUUAUUUUCAAGUUUUCUAUGUUGUUGAAAAUGUUUUGUUAUUUGUUAGGCAGUAAGUGAAAUUAAGUGGGAAGUAUAAUAUUGUUUAUAACUUUUAUAUAUUGACAAAAAAAAUCGUGCAAAAUCUUUUUAUACACUGAAAUAAACGAAUUUAUUUUUAA